AUGAGGUCUAUUUCUCUGUGCUUGGCCAUUACCCUCUUCAGCAUCUCAGGGUUGUCAGCACCUCUUAUUCCUACCUCCGAAGGGCAGCUGGAAGAUCGCGCCCCAACGACAUCUUUCAGCUUCAAACGGGACGAGGAGAAGCGCGAGCCCACCACCUCGUUCAGCUUCAAACGCGAUGAAGAGAAACGUGAGCCCACCACCUCGUUCAGCUUCAAGCGCGACGAAGAGAAGCGUGAACCCACCACCUCUUUCAGCUUUUAA